AUGAAUAUCAAUUUAUCUAAUUCGAUUAUAUUUAAUAUAAUUGUAUUAAUCAUCAUAUGUUCCUCAGUAAAAAGUUCAACAUCGUGUUCAAUAUUUCCAUCGUUGAAUUGUUCAUGUUUUCAAUCGAAUCUUGACUUAACAUUAACAUUACCAAUAAAAACUUACUCGCAUUUAUAUUGUCAAGGAACUUCGUUGAACCAAAAUACAUUUCAAUCUCCUUUCGGAUCAGAUUUUAAACAUCAAAAUCGAUUUCGAACGAUUUCAAUUCAAUUUUUUCUUCAACAAAAAGUCGAAAUUCUUACGAAUCAAUUCGAUGCGCUGGCAAUGUUGUUUUCAUUGACAGAAAGUAAUGCUCAGAUUGAAAUUGCCCUUCAUUUCAAUGGUUUUCAACGAAUUCAAUUUCAUCCUCAAGCUAUCACAUCGAAUAUUUUCCAAAGAAAACAUCAGAAUACUCGACUAAAGUUGCAUUUUAUCCCUACUAAUCAAUUCUUCACCGGUGAAGAUAAUUCCAUGAACAAUAAUGAACAAUUUCAGUUUUCAAAAAAUCCAUUUGCUGGUCUAAAUGUUUCACAAUUAAAAAUACAUAUUCAUACAUUACACGAUCGUUUUUCAUCUUCAUCUACAUUUGAAGACAUUUUCAAUAAUACGAAUAUUGGUGAACUUCAUUUUGAUGGAUCGAUCAUUCCUCCAGAUCAAUCACAACUUCCAAAAUCAUUCAAAGGCUUUGUGAGAUCAUUAACACUUCAUCGACAUGUUGAUACAAUCGAUUCAACUGCAUUUCCAUAUUAUUCACAUGUUUUAUCUUAUAAUAUUCAUUCGAUUGAAGCACAUUCAAUUGAUCUUCAGUCAUUUAUCCCUUUAUACAAUAAUUUACGUGGAUUAGAUUUGACUAAACCACGUUUCGAAGUGUCAAUCAAUAAAAUAAUCCCAAGCUUAGAUUCUUUAUCAUUAGAUAUUGAAUAUUUUAAUGAACAAACAUUACUUGGUGCUCGACAUAUUCAUUAUUUGAAAUUCGGUCCAAGUCUACGUCGAAUUCAUCCACAAGUGUUACAUUCAUUACCGAUUCGUUUGAGACUUUUAGAUUUAGCCGAUAUAAAUUUAUCUGAAAUGACAACUGAUUCUCUUUGUUCAUUAAUCGAAUUUAUGUACAGAAAUUCACAACGUUUAAUAAAUUUGAUUUUUCCUCGAACGGAAACAUUAACUGAAUGUAAUUGUGCUCGACUUAUUCUUGAUGAUAUUCAAUCAAAUCAUAUUUACAAAAAUCAUCUCGCACAAGAAUCUACAUGUUCGAAACAAUGUCGAUUUAGUGUUUGUCCAAUAAUCAGUGAACAUUUUCGUGAGAAAUAUCCAUUAAUUACCAAUAAUCAACGAGUAAUUAGUAAUUUAUAUGAUGAUUUACCAUCAGUCGAUCUAUUUUCUGAUCCAAGUGACAUGGCACUAAUGAGUUUUCUUGUGAAUCAAUCAAGUAAUGAACAAAUAGCUCGUAGUCAAAGUCAAUCAACGUCAAGUGCAUCUCAAUAUGCCGAUGAUGUGAACUUUUCUCGUGUAACUCAUGCCAGUGAAAACAAACAAAAGAAAUCGAAAACAACGGAUUAUUUUUCGUGGAUGACACUUUUGACUGACAUAGAAAACAGAGUCAAUUUAUUGCUACAGAGUGUGUCGAUGAAUACUGAAACAAAACCUCCACCCCCAUCAACGGCAACAGCCGAUGAAGCUAUCAGUUUAAUGGAAGACAAUAUUCCCUUACCUCUGACAAAUCGACAAUACGAAGACAACGAAAAACACAUAUCACAAGUUAUGAUUACACACAAAGCUGUGACUCAACAUCGUUUAAUGCGAUGGUGUGCAUUGCUCUUAGCUCUUGGAACAAUUGUUAUUAUAUGGAGAUUUGUUUCAAUACUAAUUCUUGCUAUUUGGUUAUCGUCAAUCUGUAGACCUAUAUUAGAAUGGUUUGUGAACCACCUUCCGCUGAUGAAUCGGUGUCGAGAAAAGCGUUCUCGUUCGGGAAUUGCAGCGUUUCUUCUUGUCUCUCUUGUUGUUAUUGUGAUAAUACCAAUUGUUUUAAUUGUCAUAGCUUUAACAGGUUCAACUCUGGAUUUUGUCUCAAGUCUUUCAAAUUCAACAACUGCACGCAAUGCAAUUAAUCUUCUUGUGCCUCCAUCAACUGAUAAUGGAACCGGUUCAUCAAUGAAUUCGAGUAGUCAAAGUUUUGUGGACUUUAUCAAAGGCGGAAAAAAUACAACCUUUAAUCUAUUCGAACGUUUUGUUAUUCAACGAGAUUCCAUUACAGAUGUCGUGCAAUUAUUCGGUGGUAAAGCUCUGUCAGUUUUAUCUACAGUAGCUGGAGCGACAGCACAAUUUAUUAUUGGAAUAUUAAUCUUUUUGGUAUCAACAUAUACAUUUUUAUUGCAUGGACCUGAACUUUGGAAUUGGGCAAUCGACCAUAGUCCGUUAUCGGCAAAACAUAUGCUACGUCUUGAAACUGCUUUUCAAGAAACAGGUCGUGGUUUACUCAUUGGUGUUGGUCUCACAUGUGCUGUACAAGGCCUUGUUGCAGCUAUUGCUUAUCUAUGCUUACAGAUUCCGCGCUGGUAUGCACUCGGUGUGUUAACUGGUUUAUGCUCAUUAGUUCCAAUUCUUGGUACAGCAAUUGUUUGGGUACCGAUUACGAUCGGUCUUUUUAUUCAACAGGCACAUAUUAAAGCUGUUAUUAUGAUUGCUGUUGGAGUUCUAGCGAUUGGUUCAGUUGAUAAUCUCCUUCGACCUGUUUUCUCUAAAUUAGGUUCAUUACAGAUGUCAACUUUAUUAUUACUAUUGACCAUUUUUGGUGGAUUAGAAUUGCUUGGUGCAUGGGGCGCUCUCUUAGGUCCGUUAAUUGUUCGAUUAGCAACGGAAGCUAUUCGUCUUGUUCGCGAAGAUGAAGAUGAGGAAGAACAAUAUUGUCAACAACAACAACAACAAUCCCAACCAUAUCCAGUAUCUUAA